AUGAGUUCUCCCCUCGCCUUGGAGUUGUCUGAGUUGGCGGCACAGCGCCCGGGUUUCCGGCACUCAGCGCCCGACGACCUCGCCUCUCCCGGGGCUGCUGCCCACGCCCGCGCCGAGGGUGGCACCAGCCGCGCCGGGUUGCUGAGGCUCCUGAGCUCCUGUCCCGGCCCCAUUUCGGGGCAAAGGAGGGUUGUCCCCCACGGAGACGCACAGUCGCGCGGUCUUCUCUCCGCGGCGGAUUCAGUGUCCAUGGCGUCUCAUCAGCAAACCCGAAUCCAGGCUUACCUAGAGAAGAACAAGAUCGGUCCUCUGUUUGAGGAAUUAAUGACCAAGCUAAUAACUGAGACACCUGACCAGCCAAUCCCAUUUCUUAUUGACCAUCUUCAAUCUAAACAAGGAAAUCGUGGACAACUGCAAAGAACUUUGUCUGGAUCCGCAGCUCUCUGGGCAGAAAGUGAAACAUCAGAAUCUAAAGGAACAAGAAGAGAUUUCAGAAGCUAUGAUAAACCUUGGCAAUUAAAUGCAAAGAAGCCUAAAAAAUCAAAAAGUGACCUUGCUGUGUCUAAUAUUUCUCCCCCAUCGCCAGACUCCAAAUCAUUGCCAAGGGCAGUAGAGCAUCCUAAGUGGAACUGGCGGACUAAACCAGGAAGCCGGGAUUUUGAUGAAUUGAACCACAUCCUUCAAGAGAGCAAGAAGCUCGGGAAAGCCCUUGAGAAUCUCUCCCGAAGUAUUGCAAUUUCAGAUGAACUUGAUAAGGAAACAGUGGCAUUCAAUUCUUCUCUUCUGAGGCCCCGAGUGAUUGGAGAAUGGAUUGGUAGAGAAGAAAAUGAUGCUGAUCCACUAGCUGCUGAAAUGCUGCAGCCCCCAGUUCCAAGAAGUAAAAAUGACCAAUGGGAAAGCGAAGACAGUGGCUCUAGCCCUGCAGGAAGCUUGAAGAUGGAGCCCAAGACUAAAGGAUUAAAACAGCAGCAGCAGCAGCAUAAGAAACUUCUGGCAGCCAUGCUUUCUCAGGAUUCCUUUGAGUCCAUCCACAGCCCUACCCCAUCUGUAACAGAAGAAGACAUUGACAACGAAGAUGAUGCAAUGGAGUUGCUGGAGGAUCUUGAUGAUUUAAGAAUGGAGGGAGUAACAACCCUGGUACCUUCUGGGAGCAAAUUUAACCAAGGCCGACCUACUCAUCCUGCUGAGCCCCAGGCCAAGGUCACACUGAAUAUCUGUUCAAGGUGUGCCAGGCUUCAAGGAGACAAUCUGGCUGAAAGGACUGAAGAGACGUUACAAUUGCUUCAUUCUCCAGACGAAAUAAUCCCAGAUUCAUUGGAUUCUUUACCUGGGACUGAAGAAGCACUGAUGGAGGAGGGUGAAGAAUUUGAGAAAGCAUCUAAAUUAACAGGAACUGGAGAAGUCUCCAGUGGUGGAUACCCACUGAAAAACUAUCCGGAAGAAGAUGAAUCUUUAAAGCAACUACAGGUACUUCAUCAACCAUGGCUUUUGCCAAGUGACACAGAGAGUGAAGGCGUCGAGGCAGAACAAGACAAACGUUCUGCUGAUCUUCUUUGUGUUCCAUGCUCUUCUUGUCCUACCCUGGUCUACUCUGGUAUGUCUGUGAAACAAGCAGAAGAAGUUACAAGUGGUCCUUAA